CUCUUCGCCUCCCUUUCUCUGUAUAUUUAUAUUUGUGUGUGUAUAUCCAUAGAUGGAUGUACUUGUAUGAAGAUUUUUGCUGAUAAUACUUUGUGGGUAUCAUUGAUUUUUUCUUUUUAUUUGGGUAUGAUCGUUGCUUUAUGUAUGUUGUGCAUCUAUGGAUGGAUCUACAUGGUAUUAUGAGGAUUUUGGCGUGGAAUAUCAUGUGGGUGUCAUUCAUUUUGUGUUGGGUAUGUGUUUUUCUUCAUGGGCAUGUUCAUUGUUGAUUUGGGCAUCAGUGUCUGCUUUGUUUGUAUGUGUUUUUCAUUGGGUCAAUGGAGAAAGUCAUGUUCUUUACCAUUAUGAAUGUAUUUAUGGGAUUAUAGGCAUAUUGGUUGGAGAAAUUGAACAUACAAUGAUGAAACUAAUUAGGUUUUCUCAGAAGAGUGGAAUGCUACAUUUUUCAUAUUAGAAGUUGCGGCUAAUUCAGAUUUCUCUGAGUUUUAGGGUGAGUUUGAGGCUUGGGGCAAAUUGAGUUCAGACCCUUCUAUUAUUAUGUAUAGGGGUUGCAAAUAUGGACUUAGAAGAUGUACUAUCGGUUUCUGUUGGUGAUGGGGGAGACACCAGAGUUAACAAAUACAUGUGUAUGUGAUUUGGAAGUAGAUUAUGAGUCUCAGGAGAUUGCUUCCAUUGUUUACUCAGCAUUAGAUGUUGAUAAGGAGUUGCAGCCAGACAAAGUGAAGAGGCAAAUGUCAGUCUCUGAUGGGAAACUUUCAGUGCAUUUUGAGGGGGUGGAGGCAAGAUUUCUUCGCGCAUCAUUUAGUGCCUUUGUUGAUGUUCUAACCCUUGCCACAAAAACAGCCGAGGAAUUUGGGAAAGAAAUGGAAUUGUGACACCAUUCACCAGUACCCAAAUAGGACCUCCAGUUCCUUCGUCAAUGAGUUGUUACUUUAAUCGAUUUGAAAAUUUUCUUGAUUUGGUUGUAGAAUGACUUGCCCAUUUGUUUUGGGAUGUUUUUAAGUUAUUUUACCAUGUAAAACCCUCAACUUUCUGGAAAUGGAUCUUGUUUAGCUUGUGUGGAAUGUUUAGUUCAA